AUGGCACCAUUCAAACGCUCCUACGACAUUUUGAAGACUAUCACCCUGGCCGGCCGGGUGAUCGAGGUGGGGGUGUACACCCGGGUUUCGGGAUUCUACCGGCCUUUCUUCUCCCAAACGGAGUUCGAUGCCACUAUAGAGAGGCUCAAACGGGCCCCAUCUCUUGUGCUUAAAAAGGCCACUAAGGUGCUUUUGCACACUCACGUCUAUACUAGCAACGCGGACCUUAGGCUGCAUUCUACCAUGUGGUGUUUGAACAAGUGGAACAACAUUAUUAAAAAGAUUCACCUCGUCGUAUAA